CUCAACCCACCCCAAUAUUUGAGUCGAUAAAAAGCCCGGUUGAGAAUAGUAUUCCUGAUUUAUCUUCUUCACAAAGUAAUCAUGACAAUGUGAAAGGUAAUUCACGAAAUUCACGAAAGAGAAAAUGUAAUUUCACACUAUCUGACCAACUUUCUGAGAAAAAGGCCCGGAGGGUUACAAAGGAUAAUAAAAA